UCUCGCUAAGAUGUACGACGGGAGAUCAAGAGCAGCAUUUCAAGCAACAACAACAAUGAUGAUGGGAAUGGCAACAACAGCUCUGCUGUUGCUGCUAUUGGGGGUCAACCAAACGGCGUCCAUGUCGCUGGAUCGUUUGGCUUUGGAACGGAACGAGCUGCCACCCGCUGCGGCUGAACUGCAGCCAAGUGCGGCCAGCACUGUGGUUGUGGAUGACAUGAAGAUGGCCGCGAUGCCGGCCCAUGGCGCUACGGAUAUGUAUAUGCUGGUGCCGGAGUCUGUGGCCAGCCAGCUGGACGAUACGGAGCAUGUGCAUCGCAAUACCAUCGAAGCCGAUGCCGAUGCCGAGGCUGAGGCUGAGGCAGAGGCAGAGAAUGCCGCCGUUGGCGAGAGCGCCGAUAUGCUGAUGCUGGAGAGCGAUGAUACGCCGGCCAUGCAGCUGGUGGAGCUGCCCAGCGAUAUAACCGUGGCGGAGCUAAAGACCGAGACACAGACAGAGGCACAAACCGAACUGGAGCUGGAGCUGGAGGCGGCAGCAGAGCCGGUGGCAGCAGAAAUUGCAUCGCCGGAGCUGAUUGAGGAGCAUGUUGUGGAGCAGCCAGUGGAACAGCCAGUGGAGCAGGCACAAUCAAGCAGUCAGGAGGCGCAGCUGGAGAAUGCUGAAGCAAUGGCAGAUGGGACCACCGAGGCAGCACAAGUGCCGGCGGCCAAUGAGGAGACACAAGCGGAUGAUGAAGUGGUGCCAGCUGCAGUCGAGGAGGAAUACACCACGCCAGCUGCCAUAGAUCAAGAAGCGGCAGAAGCUAGUCAGCCAGAAGAGCAACAAGAGUCGGCGUCGGAACCGGAACCGGAGCUGGAGUCGGAGCCGGUGGCACAGGUUCAGCCCGAGCAAGCUCAAGAGCACGAGCAGGAGCUGGCUCCGGAAGAGACCAAGUCUGAAACCGCAGCAAUUGCUGAGAACGAAGUGGACACCACCGAGUCAUCAACCGUGCCGGAAACCAUGGCGGCGGGCAUUGAGGAAGGCCUCAGCGCAGCCAUGAGCGAACUGCUGCCCGAGGAGCUGAACGUGGCCGAAACCGGAGAGCUAACCCAAAUGGAUGAACAGCCAGCCGAGGAGCCUUCAGUCGAAUUGGAGGCACAAACUGCUGCACCCGAGCUCAUCGUGGAAGCGGCAACUGAACAGUCGGAUCAGGAGUCAGUGCCAGCGGCUGAUGAUGCCGCAGAGCAGCCAUUGCCAGAGGAAGCAGCUCCAGUUGAAGCUCCAGUUGACGCCGAACCGGAACCCGUUGCAGCUGCCGAAAAGGAGCCGCAACCCAUGGAAAUCCUCAGUCUGCCCGUGCAGAACGUGGAGGAAGCUAGCAAGCCGGCCGCUGAAGUUGAGCCCGAGAUGCACAAGGAAACGGCGCCAGCUGUGGAGGAGCUGGAUAGCCAGCCACCAUCCAUCCUGGCUGAUGAAAUGCCCGAUGCAGUUGCGCCAGUUGUUGCAGCUCAGGCAGAGCCACAAGCUGAAGUUCAGCCGGAACCCCAAGUCGAGCCGGCAGCUGAUAAGGCAGCCGAGUCCCAGGCCGAGUCCGAGCCAUCGAUCCUGACGACCAUCAUACCAGUCGCAGUGCCAGCGCAAGAGCCGGAGCCCAUUCAGGUCAUGGACAGCGUGUUGAACUAUAUGAAUGCCUCAUUCGUGCCACAGCAGCCGCUGCAGCUGGACCAGAUGCCGGAACAGGACCUGGAGCAGGAGACAGCCACGGAGAGCGCAUUCAGUGCCCAACUGCGACGCUACGAUGGCGCCCAGUUGUGGCGCAUUGUGGUGCAAACGGAUAAGGACAAGAAGCUGGCCGAUGAGCUGCAGUCGAAAUAUGACGGACAACUGUGGAAGGAGGUCAAACAGGAGGUCGACUAUCUGCUCAAGCCGCAGGUGCUCGCCGCUGCCGAGCGUCACAUACGCGCCGCCAAUUUGUCGCGCAUCGUGCUGAUCGAUAAUCUGCAGCAGGUUAUCGAAGUCGAGAAUCCGCCAGCUGACAAAAUCGCCGAGCUCCAGAAUCGCAAGGGACAUCGCCUCACCUGGCAGGCCUACCAUCGGCUGGAGGAUAUACACGGCUUUAUUGAUUACAUGGCCAAAACCUAUCCGGACAUUUGCUCGAGCGAAACCAUCGGCCACUCUGUGGAGAAGCGUCCGCUCAAGAUACUCAAAAUCUCCAAUGGCAAUGCACGCAAUCCCGGCAUCUGGAUCGAUGGCGGGAUGCAUGCACGCGAAUGGAUCAGUCCCGCAACGGUCACCUAUAUAGCCAAUCAGCUGGUCGAGGGCUGGGAGGAUCUGCCCGAGCAUAUGCGUAACAUUAACUGGUACAUCCAUCCGGUGGCCAAUCCCGACGGCUACGAAUACUCCCACACGACGGACCGUUUGUGGCGCAAGAAUAUGCGCGCCCAUGGACGCCAAUGUCCGGGCGUGGAUCUCAAUCGCAACUUCGGCUACAAGUGGGGCGGCAAGGGCACCUCGGCGAGUCCCUGCUCGCAGACAUAUCGCGGCAGCAAGGCCUUCUCGGAGCCGGAGACAUUCUACAUAUCGAAAUUCAUAAGCGGCUUCCCGCGCGAAACCUUCCAGGCGUAUCUGUCGUUCCACAGCUAUGGCCAAUAUAUACUCUAUCCCUGGGGCUAUGACUAUCAUCUAACCAAGGAUCGCGCCGAUCUGGAUCGCGUGGCACGCCAAGCGGGCUCGAUAAUCACCAAGUCGUCGGGCGUUAAGUAUACGGUGGGAUCUUCGGCGACAACGCUCUAUCCGGCCGCCGGCGGCUCGGACGAUUGGGCCAAGGGCAUUGCGGGCAUCAAGUAUGCCUACACCAUCGAGAUGGGCGACACGGGCCGCUACGGCUUCGUCCUGCCCGCCCAGUUCAUUCAGUACAACGGCAAGGAUGGCUACACCUUCGCCGACACGGUCGCCCGCGCCGUUGCCCAGGCACGCUCCACGGAUGCCAGAAACAGCAGCAGCAUCAGCAGCAGCAGCCGUCGCCGCCGCACUCGCUAG